CCCACUUCCGUUAGGAGUAGCGCGCGCGCCUUGGGGGAUGGAACGUUGCCCCGGCCGCGCUCAGUUCGGUGGUGCUGCUGCUGCUGCGCAGAGAGGCGGCGCGGGAAGGGACGGUCGCUCCUGCUGCUGGUUAGCGGGGACCAAGGCUCCCAGCUUUUAAUGCCUCUGCGCCAGGCCACCAUGCACAGGAGACAUCUCCAGGAAAUCCCAGCUUCAGAGAGCAAUGUUUCCACAAGCUUCACAUGGUCGUGGGACCCCACCAAGACAUCAGAGCUACUCUCCGGCAUGGGAGUGUCUGUCCUUAAGAAAGAGAAGCUGGGCAGUGAGAACACCCCUCAGGAGCUGCUAGUGUCUCUUUAUCCUCCUCAGAAACGACAGAAAGUGAAAGAGAAGGACAAGGACUUUGUGAUUGCACGCAGGCCUAGGCUGCUCCGAGAGACAGAGUCAGGUAUUUCUUGGGAUGCGCUGCCAGAUGAAUUGCUGUUGGGGAUCUUUGCAUACUUACCCCUAACUGACCUGCUAAAAGUUUCCCAGAUUUGCAAGAGGUGGCAACGCCUAGCGUUUGAUGAAUCACUGUGGCAGACCCUUGAUCUGACUGGUAAAAAUCUGCUUCCAGGAGUGAUUGGGCAGUUGCUCCCUGUAGGUGUAACUGUGUUCCGUUGUCCAAGAUCCUGUAUUGGGAAACCAUUGUUUAAAAAUAACCGACCUCUUAGAGUGCAACGUAUGGACAUGUCCAACUGCACAAUAAAUGUUGCAGAUCUCCAUACUAUUCUUUGUCGUUGUGAUCAACUACAGAACCUCAGCUUGGAAGGACUAGUGCUUUCAGAUGAUAUCAUUAGAAGCAUCGCUCAGAAUUCUAGUUUGGUGCGAUUAAAUCUCUCUGGAUGUUCUGAAUUUUCUGCAGAAGCAUUGGAGAUGAUGUUGAUCAGCUGUUCUGGAUUAAAAGAGCUGAACUUGUCCUGGUGUGACUUCACAACUGAUCACAUUAAAGCAGCAGUCAACCACAUUUCUACAAAUGUAACCCAACUAAAUUUUAGCGGAUACAGACAAAAUCUACAGAUAUCAGACAUUAAGACAUUGGUGACAAGAUGCCCUUAUCUCGUCGAGUUAGAUUUAAGUGACAGUGCAAUGUUGAAGCCUGAAUGUUUUCAAUAUUUUCAUCAGCUCAUCUGCCUACAGCAUUUGUCUCUUAGUAGAUGUUAUCAGAUCUCUCCUGCUGACUUACUUGAGCUUGGUGAAAUUCCCACACUAAAAACUCUUCAAGCUUUUGGAAUAGUGACUGACAAUUCCCUACAGCUCCUAAAAGAAACGCUUCCCCACAUAAAGAUCAAUUGUUCACAUUUUACAACCAUUGCACGGCCAACGGUUGGCAGCAAAAAGAACAAGGAGAUCUGGGGCAUCAAAUGCAGACUGACACUGAGAAAUCCUAGUGGUUUGUGAUGCAGCGUUUGCUGGAUAUUCCCUUUUGUUGUCACCAAGUGUGGUGUGCUUCAUCAAGAAACCCAAACACUGGAGCAUCACUCUAGUUCUUCUUGUAAAAAGUGUUUUAACUUGGUCUUGUGCUAUAAUUUACUUAAGUAUAUUUUUAUAUUGUCCUUCUCUUACUGUGUCCAGAAAUCCAAUCAGGUAUGAGUAAUUGUAGGCAUUUUAAAAGUCAAUUUUGCUUUUAGAAAUAUUUUUGCAAAAGCGAAGUGACUAUUGCAAUUGUGCUAAACAUGAUUAAGUUAGAAAGUUUGGUAACAAAUAGUGCAGCUGUUCUAGUUAUUUGGCAAUGUGCUUAAUUCUGCAGUCUGAUGUUGCUUUAUUGGAACUGUGAUGGUCCAAAGGUGCUUCUGUAAUAAUUUUCCAAAUACAUAGCUUUGAAUAAGGCCCUUGCAAAGUAGAGAGAUGUUCUGUCAUUAGGGAACUGUUUUACUUCAUUACAACUCAGUACUUUCCUGACUGUUUCAGAUUUUAGAGCUCAGAAUGAGUAAGGGCAUUAAGUCUAUUUAGACUCCUAACUGAACAGGAUGGAAUAUUUGGUGCUAUCUGCUUUUUUCAGGGGAGAGGGGGAAGGAGGGAGGAAUAAACCAUGGCAUUGGACACUAAAUUCACUGAACCCUCUUGAUGCACUAGGAGCUGUGGGAAGGGAGAGCUAUGCAAAAGGAGCUAUGAGAAAGCUGAAUCAGAUACUAGCUAUAAGGCAGCAGAACAGAGCUACAGUGCAUUUUUUCCAACCAUUACAGAAGUGUGACCCUCACUGUUUCAAAAUGACCGUGCUGAAGAGUGUAAAACUUGAAACCCCUUUGCAAGUUUGUGAAACCAAGGAUCUCACUUGUCAGGGUGAAGUUUUCAUUGGGUAUUUUAGUCUGACUUACAUUCCAGUUCUGUGCCACUUAAUCAGCAUUUAACUUCUUCUGAUUUGUGAUUUUCCAGUAGUUUCUAAAGAUGCAUUAUUAAUGUAAGAAUCUCUUCAGAAGGAAGCUUAGUAGGUUUCUGUUUAUAUAGCCCUGUAUUCACAUCCCUUAAGUGAGACUCUGCUGGGCUAAGGAGCAGUAAAGAGGGAAAUACACAGAGCUCUUCAGGGCAAGUAAAGUAAGGGGUCAGUGGGAUCUAAUGGACAUCAAGCGUUCCACAGUACAGAAACAGCAGUCUUGCAGAUAUGCUUGCUAUAGCUGAGGGAGAUAUAAGUCACCACAGAUUCCCUUAGCUUCUACAAUGCAGAAAAUUUAGCAAACUAAGUUUCUAGGCUCUAAAAUACAGGAACUGGGACAAUAAAGAAACCCACCAAAAACUUAGCAACUUUGAUGGUAGUUCAGGAGAGAAAAAUACGAAGGUAUAGAAAUGAACAACUAGAUAACUAUUCAAGCCUAUAAGAGGGGAAAGGAUAGAUAUGUAGUUAAGGCAUGGGAGUAAGCCUUAGAGCUGGUUCUUUAUGCCUAUAGUCACCAUCUGUAAAAUGGAUAUAGUACAUCCCUGUGUUUGAGGUGCUGAGAAUAAGUUUAUUCAUGACUGAGGUGGCUAGACAGGUGCCAAGGCCAUAAGGUUACCUACAGAAAAAAUGUACAGUAGAACUUGAGUUACAAACUGACUGGUCAACUACACACCUCUUUUGGAACUGCAAGUAUGCAAUCAGGCAGCAGCAGAGAUGGGGGUGGGGGGAGUACAGUGCUGUGUUAAACUAGUAAAAUAAAAAGGGAAAGUUUUUAAAGAUUUGAGGUAAAGAAACUUGUGCUCUUCAUUUAAAUUAAUGGUUAAAAGUAGCAUUUUUCUUUUGCAUAAUACAGUUUCAAAGCUAUUAAGUCAGUGUUCAGUUGUAAACUUUUGAAAGAACUGCUAUAAUGUUUUGCUCAGGGUUAUGAACAACCUCUAGUCCCAAGAUGUUCGUAACCGAGAUUCUACUGUACAACCAUAAAGUAGUUUCAGUAAUCGAACAUGUGCUGUUAACAGGGAAAGAAGCUGAGUUUUUCCCUUUUCCCCAGGGGGGUGGAACAGGUGACAAAUUUCUAGCAGGCUUAAACAUUUAUGUAGCAAUUCACAUAUCCUGGGUAUCAUUAACUGUGCUUGCACUUUAAGCAGCUAGCAGAAGUUGAGACCAAUCUAAGUCUUCCUGGAUGCUCCCAUUUCUAUAUCCCACCAAUCUGGUCACAGAUUCACCAUAGUUUGUCAGCCUUUUGGUGUAACGCUCAAUUAAGUCUCACUUCUGAAUUUAUACUUGCAACCAGUGAGACAAGAUAUGGCACUCAACAUCCCCUUCUAUCUGUGCCUGGCCCCAGUAGGGAGUUUAAAAAGAACCUCCUCUCCUCCAACUAGCAACAGAACCCUACCUCACAUGACCAUCCAGUCUACUAGAGAUGGCUAUUGCUAAUCAGUUUUACAUGGAAGGUGAUCAAGUGCUAUACUGAGGGGCAGCAGUAUAAAACAUUAAGGGUACAUCUACACUUAACACUACAGCUGCACUGCUGUAAUGCCUAUGCUGACAGGAGGGAUUCUCCUAUUGGUGUAGAUAAUCCACCUCCCCAAGAGGCAC